AGGCACCGCUAACAGGAAGGCCAUAAGGCGCGGAGCAGAGCCUGUACUCAGGACAGUAAUCAGGGCAACAAUGGAUCGAGUGAGGUCUGCGUUUAACAGUGUGAUUAAAAGUGAGCGGUACAGCAGGUUCACUCUGCAGCCCGAGGAGGAUGGAGAACGACAUGUUGAGGUCAAGCUGCAUGAUAAUGCCACGGAUGACGACACUGAGGUCGGCCAGGCGGGAGGAUCGCCGAGCUUCAGGCCAGCACCUCCACGUCAGAGCCGAAAUACCCUCUGCUACAUGGCCCUGGGACUCCUGAUAGUCUUUGUUAUUGGGUACAUGGUUGGAUUCAUAAGCCAUCGUAAACCUCGGGUGGAGGCAGUGAGUUGUAGUAAAGGAACGGAAGUGGAAGAACAGACGAUAGUGGAUGUUCCACGGCCUGCAGAAGUCCAGCUGGACUGGAACGACGUCACUGAACUUCUCAAACAGAAGCUCACGGCCCCAAACUUUGUCCAGACUCUGAGAGACUUUGAUCUACCCAACCAUUCAGCAGGAAGCGAAGACGAUAAGAAACUGGGAAAUCGCAUGUUUGAAGAGUUCAAGACGCUUGAGAUGGAGCCCUGGACUGACAAACACUACGUUCAGCUGCCAACGCCAGACAGCAAUCACACAAACCGUGUCGUUUUUGGUUCAGAGGUCUUCGAGCCUAAGGGAUAUCUUGCAUACAGCGCUACUGGGAAAGUUCAGGGCAAGCUGGUGUAUGGCAGCUAUGGUCGAAAAGAGGAUCUGGAUGUUCUGCAGAAGAAGAACGUUGAGCUGAAAGACUGUGUGUUGCUGCUCCGAGCUGGAAAACUUAGCUUUGCAGAGAAGGUAGAUAAUGCUGAAGCAAAGGGGGCCUCUGCUGUUCUAAUCUACCCUGACCCUCAAGACUACACGUAUACAAUAACAACAGAACUCUACGGACAUGUCCAUCUGGGUUCAGGCGACCCCUACACCCCUGGAUUCCCCUCCUUCAAUCACACCCAGUUCCCCCCAACUAAGUCAUCUGGUCUCCCUCAAAUCCCAGCCCAGACUAUCACCGCCAGCGUGGCAACAACUCUUCUACAGAAAAUUGGAGGCCCUGCAGCAGAUGCAAGCUUUAGAGGAGGCAUCAACUCAGUGUCUUACACACUGGGAGGCAGCGAGAACGUCACUGUCGAGGUGAACAACGCGCUGGUCAACACGGAGCUUCACAAUGUGUUUGGAGUCAUCAAAGGAUUCCAAGAUCCUGAUCGCUACGUUGUGCUGGGAGCCCAGAGAGACGCCUGGGGGAAAGGUUACGCCAGAGCCGCUGUUGGCACAUCCAUGCUGUUAGAGCUGGCCAAGGCUUUUCAUGCGAUGGUGGAGAAAGAUUUAUUUAGGCCCAGGAGAAGUCUGGUGUUUGCAAGCUGGAGUGCUGGAGAGUAUGGAAGUGUUGGCGCCACCGAGUGGUUGGAGGGUUACAUGUCCUCUAUUGACAAAAGCGUUUUGACCUACAUAAGCCUGGAUGGAGCGGUCAUGGGUCGUGGAAGCUUUAUAGCCUCAGCAAGUCCACUGCUGUACAGCCUCAUUGAGAGCACACUGAAAGAGGUGAAAAGUCCUCUUGGUUCUGGAGCUGUGUACGAUAUGGUGGGGAAAAGUAACUGGGAGGCCAAAGUACUGAGACCAAUGGCAAUGGACGACCCCGCUUAUCCGUUCUUGGCCUUCUCUGGGAUUCCCUCCAUCUCUUUCCACUUCAUCAAUCCUAAUACUGAAUACUACACCUACUAUGGUACCAACCUGGACAGCAUGGAUAACCUCGAUUAUCAAACCAACCAUCGCACCGGUGAAAUAACCGCAGUGGCUGCACAGUUUGCUGGCCAGAUGGCUCUGCGACUGGUCCACGACCACCUGCUCAACCUGGAUGUGAGCCGAUACGGAGGCCUCAUUACCAAGUCCGUGAGCCAGAUCUAUAGACGUGUUAAACAGCUCUCUCAGUCUGGUCAGCUGAAGGAUGUGAGCCCUAAUUGGCUAAACCUUGCACGAGGCUCCUUCCAACGAGCUGCUAGCAGCAUCACAAACGACAUCUACAACACAGACUUGUACGACAAGGAGGCCUGUCGAAUCCUCAACGACAGGAUCAUGAGUGUUGAGCGCUCCCUCAUCUCUCCAUAUGUGUCCCCCAUCGACACUCCUUUCCGUCACCUCCUGCUGGGCCGCGGCUCCCACACUCUGGCCUUCAUCACUGAGACCACCGACAUGGAGCAGCUCCACACCCAGCUGGCCCUGGCCACCUGGAACCUGCAGUUGUGCGCCAACGCCAUGGUCGGUGACAUCUGGGACCUUGACAACGAAAUCUAAAGAAGGGGGGGGGGGUGGGGGUUGUGAGACACAGGUGAGACACAGGGGGUUGUUCAAAUUAGCAAGUGAACACAUACAAGAGUGAAAGAAAACGAUGAAUGAAGCAGAGGGAGGAGCUCCAAUAUCAGCACUUAAGCACAAGCUGUCUAUCAGAGGUCAUUAAAGCCCCAUGCUUUAUAUAAAUGCUUAUAUUCCGUUAUUUUGAAGGGAUCUGACUCUUAAUCCCACAAAACCUCAGGAGGGCAUGAUAAAGUAUUCAACUUGAAGCUAAAACAUUUUUUUAAAAAAAAAGAAAAAAAAGUGAAAUGUUACCCAACACUUGAAGAAAUUGCAUACUAUAGACAGAUCUGCCUCCUCCUCCUGACUGCACUCUUAAAAGUGUCGUGCCAGUCGAAGCCUUUGCUGUGACCUCUUGCCAUCGAAGCACUGAAGACCUUAUUUAAGUUUUUUUUAUCAGUGGCAGUGCCCACUAUAAAGUUAUCGUUUGUCUUUUUAUACGACGUUAUCGGAAGCAGUGCCUUCCAUAAUUAUGACGGUUAUACUGUCUAAUCCUACAGCAGCAUCUGCUACACAUAUGACUCCUCAACUGUUGCUGACAAAAUGGAGCCCGCGAUGAAGUUUAAAAUGUCUCUAUUUCGGUAAUGCUUUUAUUUUGCAGGUCUCAGUUUAAUGCUAAUUUCCUGGAAAUGUUUUGAGAAGUUUGCAGGUAUUUAACAGCAUAUUUCCAGGACAUUUUACAGACUGGGUACAAAUUAUAUUAAAAAAUGGGGAAAAAAAUGUUAGUUCAGUUGGCAUGUACCUAUACAAUAUAAUAUAAUAAUAUUUUUGUUUUUUUUAUUGAUUUUUCUAAUGAUUUGUACCAAACUACACCACUCUGAAUAACAAAAAAAGAACAUUUUAAUACCUGCAAAUUACUCAUAGAAUGUCCAGGAAAUUUGUGUAAAAAUGAAAGGACUUACAAAAUAAGUGUUACUUUUCUUUCUGCCCUGCUCGUCUCCCUCACACAAAGAGAUAUUAACUGCAGCAGCUACUCAAAAAAAAAAAAAAAGACGUUACUUAAAAACUUUGAAAGGGAGAAAUGAAGGGUAGAAAAGAGUUUUUCCUGAUUUGGCAACAGGAACUGGUACGAUUUUUGUCUGUCAAAAACAAGACCAGGGGUAGAUAGAAACGGACAAGAAAAUAUUAUUUAUACAUGAAGUGUUUAACGGGGGGGGGGAAAUAAGUAAACUGAAUGCAUAAAAAGCCAUCCAGAAACAAGUAAUACAUUUAAAAAGCCCACUUUUAUGACAAUGAAUUGGUUGCAUAAUUUGCAAGAAAGCCAUUUAUGUUGCACAGUCUACUUUGGAGCAGUUAAUACUAUGAUAAAUUAUCGGGAGCAGUGCCUUCCAUAAUUAAACCCAUUAUCGGGAGCAGUGCCUUCCAUAAUGACAAGCAGUGAUGGUAGUUUUUUCCUACCAGUGAAUGUGUGUGUUUUACGUGUGUAUUUAUCGAGAGCAGUGUCUCUCAUAUUUCACUUGAAGGGUGGAACAACUUAUCGGGGACAGUGUUUCCCAGAGUUUUAUACUUGACAUAUUUAUUUGAUUUGUCUUUAUUUUUGGAUUAUAUAUAUGUGUGUGUGUUUAGACACGGUCCUCCUGACCUCCAGAGUGUGUGAGCUUCUGAUUUUGUUUUACAUUUUUGCCUUGUGCUCAGAUUUCUGUUUCAUGCUGUAGUCUUCAUACAACAAAAUCAGUCCCAUUUUAACUGUUGACGCACAGGACUGUGUAAAUGCACUAUAUUCAUAAUCAUUAUACUUAUCUGCAAAGCUGGUUUGUCUAUCUAGUUAGAGAAGAGAGAUUUCAACAUGUAGCUUUUGUGUUAGUCAGACUCACAGAUCAUAUACUACAUGCAUAUGAAUUCACUCCUGAUGUUUACCCUGAUCCCAGGCUACAUGUCUCUCCAUAACAUUUGUUUCCUGCAUGUUACUGUACUGCUUUAUUGAGGUGUAGCUCAGUCUUACUGUAUGAAUUACAGAUGAUUCAAAUAUUUCAAUUUUAGGGUUCAACCAAUGUGUCUUUUUUUGUUUGUUUUGAAUAAUAGUUUUGUAUCUAAGCUACUGUAUUAUCUGAUAUCUUUUCCCCCCCCCAAAGUUAUUGUUUUCUUCCAAACUAUAUCGUCAUACCUUCUAAAAAUGGUAGCAUAAAAAAAAUUACAUUUGAAAUAUUUGAAGCCUGGAUCCAAACAGUAGUGAUCAUGUUAAAAUAAAGGUAUCAGUCAUCGUCAUAUAUAACCAAAUUACACUCCACUUUCUUUUAUUUUAACAUCCACCAUAGAGCCGGCAAAAUUUUGGUUAAUUAUUUUUCAGGUUUUUGGAUAAAUAAACAUAUUUGGUUGUUUCCCGAUCAGGUCAGUUCUGUUGAACUUCAAGUUACAGACUGGUUUUACUCGUUGUUUUCUUUGUUUGUUCAUCUGUUCAAAGUAUAAAGAAAAGCCUACUGAAUUAUUGCUUUAAGAAAAUACUGUAAUUGUUGCUCAGUUCUUUGUACAUGAAAAGUUUUUGAAAUUAUGUUUCUGUGAUUUCCAUGUUCAACAGAAAAGAGUAAUAAACCCUCUGGCUUAGCAUCCAGUAA